AAGCCAUCACGUAUCCCUAGAGUGUUGGUGAUCGGCGGUGGAGUUGUAGGUGUGACGUCAGCAUUACAGCUUCUACAAAAAGGAUAUAAGGUUACAGUUGUAGCAAAGGAGUUCGCUUCACCUGUCGCUUCUGGUAAAUGCAUCACCUCCGAGAUCGCCGGUGCUUUGUGGGAAUGGCCUCCUGCGGUGUGCGGACGGCACACAGAUGAGAAGUCACUUGAGAGAUCCAAGGUGUGGUGUAUGGACAGCUAUGGAAAGUUCAUGGAAUUGGCUAUGAAACCAAAAGAAACUGGAGCGUACCUCAGGCAAUCGGUCUUCUACUUCAAGGACAAGGUUCAAGAUCUUCCAGCACAAUUGGAGAAAAUGAGCGAACUCUGUCAUUUGCCAGGAUUUCGUCAUGACGCAAAACUUAUCGAAGAAACCGGUAAGUGGACAUCUCUUCGCCCAGAAAUUACUAGCUGAUCUAUUUUUUAGAAGUUUCUUCUCUGUUUAGUAUUAUUUCAUCAAUCUAAGUCUCAUAAAAAAGUGUGAAGUCUUUCAGUUUCAGUUUCACUCUUCAAAAUAUUAAAUCAUCUGUUUAGGAGCUGUACUUUAGGACCUGUCUUUAACUGAACACUGACGCCGCUGAUUCAUUAAUUUUGCGAUCGUCUUUCUUUUUUUCAUCUCCUUUAUUCUACUUUUUCCAGACAAAUCUUCCAUAGUUUCCUAUAGUGUGGAUAACCAAAGUAUUUGGUAGUUAAAAGUGAUGAUUCUCUUUUCAAUUAUUCUAAACCCUAAAUGCUAACUGAUCGCUAAUUACAUUGUAUUUCGGUCUCUCCUUUAGCGGUGAACACAGACACGGGAGUGGUGGACGCAUACCAGCACAUGGCUCCUAUGGUUGACACAGUUGUGUACAUGCAGUGGCUUUACAAACAGUGUAAAGAUAAGGGCUGUCGCUUUGUACACGAUGAAAUUAAAGGACUGCUGAGAGAUCAAGCUGAAGACUUGAAAAGGAAAUACAAAGCUCAGCUGAUAUUUAACUGCUCUGGACUCAGCGCUAAAGAACUGGCAGGAGACGAAGAUGUCUACCCUCUGAGAGGUAACUAAUUCUUUUGAGAUUUCACUCUUUGAUCAGCACUCUACACCUGCACAUAUCAGUUAUCGGAUAGAAGGCACCGGAAAGUAGCAUUUUCAAUCUGUUAAAACCGAAUCCGAAAGCUCGAAAAUGAUUUUUGUUAUCAUAUCAGAGAUACAAAACCCGUUAAUACAGACACUAUAAUAAGGGGGCAAUAGAGAUUAAGUCGGUGUCCGUAUUCUGAACUCGGGGUGAGUUUAGGGUAAAUGUAAGGGCUUUCUUUCCCCGAAGACAAAGCAAACUGUCCGUAUGUAUUAAGCAGGUGUCCGUAAAGCGCGGGAUUUGACUCCCAGUUUUUCAGAAUGUUUUAAGGAACUUAUCCCUUGACAAUCCAAAUCACGCUAUUACUCGAUAAAUGAAAUUUAACGCAAGUGAAAACAUUGAAUCGAUCUGCCAUCCUAACCUCUCCACUAAAAUAACAAAUUGGUCACGUCAAAAUCUUGACCAUGAAUUUUAAAUGCGUGAGUCGCCGGUAUGGUUUGAUGGUUGCCUUGGAAAAAGACUAUUGCGUCAUUAAAAAUACAUAAACCGGCACGACAGACCACCUCUUGGAUCGUAUUGACAACAACAACAACAACAGUUUAUUCAAUUGUCAAAUGAGUUAGGUCUAUGUUACCCACAAUUAGCGGAGCUAUUCUAGGUGCGCAACAAUACAAUAAUUGUCUUCUAUAAAGUCGGCAAAAGAACUAAAGCAAACAGAGAUUAAAAAGACACGUCCAUGUUGGUCAACUGACCGCUGAUUAAGAAAACUAUAGUUCCUUUCAUUCUGAAACUAAGUUAUACUCACGGAAAAUUAUGCCAUUGCGUUCUAACCAGUGCUCAAUUUCUUCUUUCAGGCUGUAUUCUUAAAGUUAGAAAUGAUGGAAGCUUGAUGCCCAAACUCAACCAUUCCAUGUGCAUCUCACUGAUCGAGGACAUUGACGAGUCCAAAAAAGACGGACAAAGCUUUGUGUUCAUCCUUCCAAGAGGUGAAGACAAACUAUGGUUGGGUGGCAUGGUACAACCCUACCAAUGGGACAGAAAUCUCACCCUCGAUUAUCCACCAAUCAGAAGAAUGUUUGAGAAAGUCAAAGAGUUCUACCCUCCACUUCGUAACUAUGGAGACGAAGAUGUGGAAGAAGUGUUGGUAGGACUGCGGCCCGCUCGUAAAGGUAACGUUCGUCUGGAGUGGGAUCCUGUGUGUCCGUCGAUUCUGCACAACUAUGGACACGGAGGCUCGGGUGUGACUUUCUCCUGGGGAUGUGCUAUAGAAGCUAGUGCCAUGGUGGAUCGUGUUCUCAAGAGACCACAGAUUCAUGUUUCUAAGCUCUGA